AUGGCCAACUUUCAAAGCCUCCCGCCGGAGAUCCGGCACGAAAUCUACCUCCUCGCCACACCAGCUCGUGUCGUCCACCUCAAAGCUGAGUUUGUCAAUGUCGAUGAAUGUUAUACACUUUGGCGGGUCUCCAGUUACCAAGGAGCCUUUUGUCACUGGCGACAAUCCAAAAACUACGAAGACCGCGUGAGGGUAUAUUUCUACAGCAAUGCUCCAAUACCAGUUCUGCUUCAUACCUGCUUCGAAUCGCGAGACUUUCUCAUAAAAAUGGGAUAUCAGCUCGCUUUCAAGACCAAGUCUCAUGGGCCAAGAACGUGGUUCAACUAUGAUCGAGAUAUCUUAUUUAAAGAUCAGAACACUUGCGAUAUUGCACAGUUUGAUCCUGGUGAUGCUAUCAGAGUACGUCGCCUGGCUAUUAAUGAUUUCUCCCAUUGUCUCUACGAGGUGCCGGGAGACCUUGAGCCGGCCCGGUGGCAUAAUUGUCAUAGACUCUGCCUGUAUCCACAGUGCAAGGAGUUCACGGCCCUUGAAGAGCUUCUUGUGGUUGACUGGACCCGAAACGCUUUCCCCAGGGGACUGACGAGAGACACGGGCUAUCCUGCCAAGCCCCCUCGGAAGCGACACCGUUACGAUACAGGGAAUCUCUGGAAAUGCGUGAAAGUGGAGGAAACUUCCCUACUACGAACAAUGUACCACUACGACCCUAGGGAAGAAUUGUAUCAUGGACCGAAGAUUGACAAACCGCGCGGCUAUGGGCCUGCACCUAAUAUUGCAGACUGGGGUACUUUUGGCACUCGGAGUGCAUACCUGCAGUUGGAACUUGUUAGGUGCUGGAAGAGCCAAAAUGGUUCCGCUGGCGAAUGGAGGGCGCCGAGAAUAACUCUAAUGCACUUGAUCGAUGAACGACAGGAAGAGAUCCUGCAGCAGAAACAGAAGAUGGCUGUUGACGAGCUGCGUGGACUGCGGCAAUACUAG